AUGUUGCCAGCACGCGUCGCCCGCAACUGCCUACGCGGCCUCCCUACCCGCGCCUUCAGCACCAGCCCCCUCGUCCGCAGAGCCGACAACCCGAUCCCGGCCAAUGACCCCAAGAACCGCGACACACCCAGCCCCGUCAGCAGCACCAAUGCCACACCUCUGAGCAGUGAGGGCAACAUGGAUAAGCCUUUGCAAGAGUCUGUGCAGGAGGGCGAGGAGCGUCGUGCCAUGCAAGCGCCCAACCGUCAGGGCGUGUGGAGUCGUAGCCAGCAGCCUAGAGAGAAGGCUAUGGUGGGCCCGAGGUUUGAGCAGAUGAUCAUGUAUGAUCAGCCUCGUCCUCUGGCAGCCAUCGAGCUCAUCCACAAGCAGCCCGUCAACUGGGUCAAGGAGCGCACCGUCAAGUGCGACGGCGGCGGUGGUCCCCUCGGCCACCCUCGCAUCUUCAUCAACGUCGACAAGCCACAAAUAUGCGCAUGCACCUACUGUGGUCUUCCCUACGCCAAGGAGUCCAACCGCAAGAUCCUCGAAGCCCUCCCAAACCCUUCCUACCCUCUCGAGCCUACCGGUCACGAAGCAGAGGUCCCUCGGGGCUACCAGAGCAACACUGGCAAGCCUCUUGAACAGCGAUGA